AUCAAGAAUAUAAUUUCUGGGGGUCCCGCAGCCGUCAAUGGAGUUCUUACCGUUGGCGAUGUCCUCGUCUCCGUGAAUGGCGUCAACGUGUUGGGCUUCUCACAUGAUGAGAUUGUGUCUCUCUUUCAGUCCAUUUCGGUUGAUUCCAGCGUCACUUUGGUGGUGAGUCAGGGUUAUGCGCUCUGCAAGUCACCUAUGGACGUCACCGCAAAACCCAGUCAGGUAGUAUCGGUCACCCCCAAGGGCAGACUUGCCGUACCGGAGACCGUCUCCUCAUCCUCCGCUGAUAGAGUGCCAUUUGCACCACCCGAGUUGUGUAUUCGCCGUUUGAACACCUCCCCGACCAUAAGCCAAUCCUCCGGUGAGCCUGUUCGUCUUCAGGAAUCGGCCAGAUUACCUCCAAAUCAACGCCUGGAGUUCAUCAAGGUGAUGUAUACUCGCCAUACUCGCCCCUCUUUUCUACCUCCCUACGGCCUUUGUGUUCACUAUGUGCACGAGUUUUCACCAAAUCAUCCUGCCUCAGAAUAUGUGCCUUGGUCAUGUGCUGAUAAAUGUAUAAUUUAUUAUCACAACCUGAAGUGUUUUUGCUACUGA